AUGUCUCUCUCUCUCUCUCUCUUUCUCUUUCUACUUCUCCACUGCUAUCCCAUCCCUCUAACAUUUCAUACCUCUGUUCUUUCUUCACAUCCCCUCUCUCUCACUCUCUUUCUUUUUCUUUGUCACUUCUCUCUUUCCCUUUCUUUUCCUUUAGUCUAUCUAUCUAUCUAUCUAUCUAUCUAUCUAUCUAUCUAUCUAUCUAUCUAUCUAUCUCAUUUAGUUCAUAUCUAUCUAUUUAUCUAUCUCAUUCUGUUCAUAUCUAGUUAUCUCAUUCAGUUCAUAUCUAUCUAUCUAUCUAUCUAUCUAUCUAUCUAUCUAUCUAUCUGUUUCAGUUUGCUCAUAUCUAUCUUUUUGUUAACUCAGUAUUCUCCUUGUCCUUCAAUUUUGAUUUCUUUCUUUUCUUAUUUUCUUUCUGUUAGUUUCUAUUUUCCUUUAUGCCUUUCUUUCCUUUCUUCUUCCAUGUUCAUUUUCUGA